AUGUCUCUAGAUACCCAGAAACUCCCAGCGUUUCCACCUCUAUCUACUGUUGAACACAUCAUUCUCAAGGAAAAGCAAGGGAACUGCGUUCCAGUAUACGUCGAGCUCCCUGGCGACUUCCUCACACCAUGCGUCGCGUACUUGCGGAUAGCGAAGGACUCGAAGUAUAGCUUUCUUUUGGAGUCGGUAGUUGCGGGGGAGAACCUUGCGCGAUAUAGCUUCGUCGGAGCGGACCCGUUCAAAAUCAUCCGGGUGGGACCCAAUGAAGAGACGACUGGGGACCCGUUGGUCGCGCUGCAGAAGGAGCUGGGGAUGUACAAGUAUGUAAAGCUCCCCGAAGUCCCCACAUUCACAGGCGGCGCGAUCGGAUAUGUCGGGUACGAUUCUAUCAUGCAUUUCGAGUCCAAAACCGCGCGUGUGGUAGAAGACCCCCUCCGUAUUCCCGAGGCGAUCUUCAUGCUUGUCGACACCCUUCUCAUCUACGACCACCUCUACCAAAGCCUGAAGGUCGUCUCGCACGUUUUUUGUCCUGGGGAUGCUGGCCAAGUCAACUUGUCGUUCAUCUAUCAGACCGCGGUCUCGAAGGCGAGGAGGCUGGCCAAGCUCAUCAUGAGCACCACGACACCAGAGGUGUACCAGCAGCCAAUCGUACUAGGAAACGAGGCCGUCUCGAACGUCGGAAAGGCGGGAUACGAGGGCUUUGUGACGAAGCUGAAGGAGCAUAUUGUGGCGGGAGACAUCAUCCAGGCAGUACCAUCGCAACGACUGGCGCGUCCGACCAACCUCCAUCCGUUCAACGCAUACAGGCAUCUACGGCGCAUCAACCCGAGUCCAUACAUGUUCUACCUCGAUUGUGGUCACAUACAAAUUGUCGGAGCAAGUCCGGAAACGCUGUGCAAGGUAGAGAAGAACAAGGUGUACAACCAUGCUAUUGCUGGUACCAUUCGAAGAGGGCAGACACUUGAAGAGGACGAGAAGUUAGGUGCAGAGCUUCUCGCGUCGGAGAAGGACAGGGCCGAGCACAUCAUGCUGGUUGACCUCGCACGGAACGAUGUGAACCGCGUGUGCAAGCCGGAGACGGUGCACGUCGACCAUCUGCUCAAGCUUGAGAAGUUCAGCCAUGUCAUUCACUUGACUUCGCAAGUCUCUGGCGUCCUGAGGGCCGGUAAGACUAGGUUCGACGCGUUCCGAUCCAUCUUCCCCGCAGGCACGGUGUCUGGAGCUCCGAAGAUUAAGGCCAUUGAGCUCAUCUACGAGCUUGAGAAGCAGCGCCGAGGCGUUUAUGCCGGCGCAGUGGGACGCUUCGACUUCGCCGACGACGAGAUGGACACUUGCAUCGCCAUUCGUACCAUGGUAUUCAAGGAUGGCAUCGCGUAUCUACAAGCUGGAGGAGGUAUUGUUUACGACAGCGUGGAAGAGGACGAGUACGUGGAGACAUUGAACAAGCUCAAGGGUAACAUGAGAGCGCUCGAUGUAGCGGAACAGUACUGGCACGAUAUCCAAAAUGCGAAGGGUGCGCCGGCAUAA